AUGGCUAGCCGAUUGUGUUUCAAUACUGUUGGGUUCUUGAUGGUUGCGUCAGUGGGUUUGCUGCUUCAAGGUGCAAAUGCAGGUAAUACAUAUAUAGUUGGAGAUGAAUUGGGAUGGGUUGUUCCUCCGAACAACUCUUACUAUCAGGAAUGGGCCAACAGCAAGACAUUUCAGAAAGGAGACUCGUUAGUAUUCAACUGGACAACCGGAACACAUACUGCAACUGAAGUAAGUACCAAAGAGAAGUACGAUAAUUGCACAAAAAUGGGAAUAAUAUUGAUAGAUCCAGGAUUUACAGUCACUUUCAAUGAAAAUGGUACACACUACUUCCUCUGCUCUGAAGGAACACACUGUCAACAAGGCCAGAAGAUGAUUAUCAAAAUUGGAGAUGGCAUAGCACCAAGUUUUGCAGCUCCAUCUCUUACAGCGGCCGCCGCCAUAUCUGCUGUUCUCAUCUCCACCAUAGUCACCUUCUUCUUAAAUUAA